AUUAAGAUUUUAAAACUGCAGGGUGCCAAAAUGAAAUAUAUUACGAUACAUUUAAAAAUUAAACAGACCAGCGAUGGCUAUAGUACAUAACUUCACUUCAAGUUGUAAGAAGGCCCAGACGACGAAGGGCGCAGAGUUUUUUAAGCUGGUCAACUUGCGCUGCUUUCCUGACAAUGAACGCUUCCUCUGGGCAACACCGACUUAUACUGCAUUGUAUUCAACAGUCUAAGAUUUCUAACCAGAUAUGAACGAGCCUCCUGCUACAAAAAUUGUCAGAGGCAGAAAAUCUGCAAAAAUCAAGUCAAACUCACCCUCUUAUAACUCCCGCUACAUCGAUUCCCUCUUCACCCUCCUCCCCCAUAAUCUAUUCACCAUCGUUCCUCUUCCUCCCUUUCUCUCUCUCCUCCAAAAAAUCAAAGAUCCAUAAAAAUGAACCUUAACUUCUUUUUAACACCUUUUUCUCCAAUAAUAAAUCUCUUUAUUGUCACUUUCUUUCUCCUGGCAAAGAAAGCCUCAUGUACAGACCCUUACUUCCUAGCUUGCAACCCCAAAAGCUGUAGUGAUGGGCAAAGCAUAAGCUUCCCAUUUCAUAUCCAAGACGUGCAACCCGACUUUUGUGGCUACCCUGGAUUCAAUAUCUCUUGCAACGACAAAGGCAAGCCAGUCUUUAAUCUGUCCAAUAGUGAGUAUAUCAUCCACGAAAUCUACUACCAAAACCAGUCUCUUCGUGUCUCAAAUGCAGCUGUUUUUGGCAAAAGCCCCUUCUGUACUCCUCAAAUACAAAACAUAUCUCUAGAUGAUGGCAGGUUUCGUCGAUCUUCUAACAGUAAAGACCUCUUCUUGCUUUACAAUUGCAACUCAACGCUGCUAUCAAACAACAGUGAGCUUUUAAAUUACAAGGUUGAUUGUCCUGGGGAGAAUGAAACCGUUUGGACUCUAGCAAUGCUCGAAGAUGAUCCUUUAUUGGGUUCUACUUUAGACAAAUGUGGAACUCGAGUUUUGGCACCUGUGGAUGUGUAUAGAGGUGAGAAUGUUGGGACUGAAGGGAUGCUAUUGCUGGAAAGAGGGUUCGUGUUGAAUUGGACAGCAAGUGAUUGUAGCAUUUGUGAAGAGAGUGGUGGCAAGUGUGGAUUUGACACCGCCACGUACCAUUUCCAAUGUUUCUGCCCUGACAGACCUCAUGCUAAGCGGUGUUAUUCCGAAAAAGACAAGCUGGGAUUGAAGCUAGGAUUAGGAUCAGGUUUAGGCAUCGGAUGUCUGUUCAUGGGAAUAAUUUUGUUGUCCUACAUUUACCUGCGCCGCUUCAAGAAAAGACGUGAUUCCUCAAACUUGUUAUCUAUGAAUUCUUCAUCUGAUCCCUCCUCAAAAGCAGACCUAGAAGGAGAUGGUGUUUACCUCAGCAUCCCCAUCUUCUCUUAUACUGAACUUGGGCAAGCCACCAAUAAUUUUGAUAGUGAAAAGGAACUUGGAGAUGGAGGUUUUGGAACUGUUUACUAUGGGAAGCUCAAAGAUGGACGGGAGGUUGCAGUUAAGCGCCUAUAUGAACACAACUAUAAAAGGGUUAAGCAGUUCAUGAAUGAAAUUGAAAUUCUUACUCGCCUUCACCACAAAAACCUCGUCUGCCUUUAUGGAUGCUCUUCACGACGCAGCCGUGAGCUACUACUUGUCUAUGAAUACAUUCCCAAUGGCACUGUUGCUGAUCAUCUACAUGGAGAUCAAGCAAAGUCCAGUCCACUGACCUGGCCUAUUCGAAUGAGCAUAGCAAUAGAAACAGCUAGUGCUCUGGCUUACCUUCAUGCUUCUGACAUCAUACAUCGUGAUGUCAAGACGAACAACAUCCUCCUUGACAACAAUUUCAGCGUGAAAGUUGCAGAUUUUGGGCUUUCCAGGUUGUUUCCCAAAGACGUUACUCACGUCUCGACUGUUCCACAAGGGACUCCAGGCUAUGUUGACCCUGAAUAUCACCAAAGUUACCAACUUACAGAUAAGAGCGAUGUCUAUAGCUUUGGAGUUGUCCUGAUUGAGCUCAUAUCAUCAAUGCCUGCUGUUGAUAUAACCAGGCACCGGCAUGAGAUUAAUCUUUCUAACUUAGCAAUAAGCAAGAUUCAGAAAUGUGCAUUUGAUGAGUUAAUUGAUUCACGUCUUGGGUAUAAUUCAGACGAGGAAGUUAAAAGAAUGACAACAUCAGUUGCAGAGUUGGCUUUUCAAUGUUUGCAGCAAGACAAGGAAAUAAGACCUUCCAUGGAAAAUGUUUUGCAGCAGUUAAAAAUAAUUCAAGGCGGGGAGUCCUUGGAGAAUCUUUCUAACUUAGCAAUAAGCAAGAUUCAGAAAUGUGCAUUUGUUGAGUUGAUUGAUUCACGUCUUGGGUAUAAUUCAGACGGGGAAGUUAAAAGAAUGACAACAUCAGUUGCAGAGUUGGCUUUUCAAUGUUUGCAGCGAGACAAGGAAACCAGACCUUCCAUAGAAAAUGUUUUGCAGCAGUUAAAAAUAAUUCAAGGCGGGGAGUCCUUGGAGAAUCUUGAAGAAGUGCAUGACGAUAACAAGAGGUCGAAGAACACAAUGCCACCACCUUCACCACCCUAUUGCGAUGAGGCUGGUCUAUUGAAGAACAUCCGUCUGCCACCUUCACCAGUUUCUGUUACCGCUAAAUGGACCAGUAGUAGUUCUACUACACCUAAUGAAAGCGUUUAAGUUUUCUUCCUCCAUGCCGCUUACUUUCAAGAUGGUUGAUGAGAGCAUGGCUAAUACCUGGUUUGAGUGCACAUGCACGUUACCUUCUCCUUGUCGUCGUUUUGUUACACCCAAAAAUUAAAUCCUAGGCACAGCAUUGGCGAGUUUAUGUAUAAGGGAGUCCAUAUAAUUACUGGAGGUUAAAUCACUAAUGUUUAUAUUCAGGCUUCAAAUCACGGCUCAUUUUUUUU